GCUGUAGACGCCCCGCCCCAUCCGGUUCCUCUGCCCAAUGAAAACACAAGAUGCACCAUGAUGGGACGUCACGCACACUGGCGUCGUGUCGGGAUUGGAAUGUAACAGAGUAACAAUCGGAACAACUGAGCAAUAGGUGACUGGGCUCGCGGAUCAAAGAACUCAGUUGAUUUCAUUUAAGGAAACAUUCUGUGAAACUCGCUCACUGUCCUCGUGUUUUCGCCGAAAGGGAAACGCCGCUUUCCAGAGCCGGUGUCCCGAUGAAGAGAAAAUGUAAUUCUUGCGUGUGUGAGGAUCCACAGAGAGCGCAGGAAUAAGAGAAAUGCAGGGAUUCGUAAGGUUACCGUCAUUCCCGUGAACUGCCCCGUCCGUAGGCUAUUAUUGUUUCGGAGGUGAAUGGAGUUACUCUACGUGUGGUUCGGAAACGCCACAGCAUCAGAGAUAAACCUCGGUCGUUCUGUUGUUAACGACUUUCCAUCUUAUCCAGUGGGACCCGCUGCUCUCCAAAGACAAACUCCAUGAGUCAGUGCCGCCGCAACUCUCCAGCGCGAGUCGGACCGUGCGACGCAUUUAUCUAGUGCGUGUCCUGUCAACAAACGUUGCAUUUUUAUUAUUCCGCCGGGGGGAAACUAAGUCAGUGAGUAAGCAUACCUGAUUGUGUUUAUAAUGAUCUUAACAGGUACGGUUACUGUUACGGCUGCACUGUGAGAUGUUGCUACAAGACCGACGAGGGAGAGCGAGGAGCCCGGUGUAAAAUCGCCCACAUGCGCUGGAUCAAUCACUUGCUGUUAGGUGAUCGGAAUCUGAAGAGGGAAGACGUGAGUUGUAAAUCCUCGCAGGCUGGAAGAUGGCGGAGCAGUACUAUAGCUGGAGGAGGUGGUGUUGAGAGACAAACUUCCAGCCGCUUGAGAUUUAUUUGCAAACACCGCGAUCUGGCCUUCAGGACACAUGCAGGCCAAAAAACGAUAUCUGAUCUCACUCUUGACUGGCGCCUUUCUAGUUCUGCUCUUUUACUUUGGAGGAGUGGUCCCGGGUCCGGCGGCCACGGGGUCCAGGAGCCGGCAUGGAUAUAAUCGUCCCGAACAGCCGUGGCCACACUUCUCGGAUCCCUUACAACACUUGAGCCCGUGGGACCACUCGGACACGGAGGACUAUAAUGUGCACAUAUCGCCUAGACAGAAGAGAGACGUUAACUCGAGCGUUUACAAGGGCAAAAGGUGCCGCAUGCAAUCAUGCUUCGAUUUCUCCUUGUGUCAAAGGAACGGAUUCAAAGUGUACGUGUACCCGCAGCAGAAGGGCGAGAAGAUCUCGGAAAGUUACCAGAACAUUUUAUCCACCAUCGAGGGCUCUAGGUUUUACACUUCUGACCCUGGUCAAGCGUGUCUGUUCGUCCUGAGCUUGGACACUCUUGACCGAGACCAGUUAUCGCCACAGUACGUGCACAAUCUCAAAACCAAGGUUCAGAGCUUGCCUCUGUGGAACAAUGGUAGAAACCAUCUCAUAUUUAAUUUGUAUUCGGGCACAUGGCCUGACUACACGGAAGACUUGGGCUUUGACAUCGGUCAGGCCAUGCUGGCCAAAGCGAGCAUCAGCACGGAGAACUUCAGACCCAACUUUGACGUAUCCAUCCCCUUGUUCUCCAAGGACCACCCAAGGACCGGUGGGGACAGGGGCUACUUGAAAUACAACACCAUUCCACCUUUUAGAAAGUAUAUGUUGGUAUUUAAGGGGAAACGCUAUUUGACCGGCAUCGGCUCGGACACGAGGAAUGCCUUAUAUCACGUUCAUAACGCGGAGGAUGUAGUUCUCCUCACCACCUGCAAACACGGCAAAGACUGGCAGAAACACAAGGACGCGCGAUGUGACAAGGACAAUGCCGAGUAUGAAAAGUAUGACUAUCGUGAAAUGCUGCACAAUUCCACCUUCUGCCUGGUUCCACGAGGGCGACGAUUGGGAUCCUUUCGCUUCCUGGAGGCUCUGCAGGCGGCCUGUGUGCCGGUCAUGCUGAGUAACGGUUGGGAACUCCCCUUCUCAGAGGUCAUCGACUGGAACACGGCUGCUGUGAUCGGGGACGAGAGGCUCCUACUGCAGAUCCCGUCCACGGUGCGCUCCAUUCAUCAGGAUAAGAUUCUGGCUCUGCGACAGCAAACGCAGUUCUUGUGGGAGGCCUACUUCUCGUCCGUGGAGAAGAUUGUGCUCACCACUCUAGAAAUCAUACAGGACCGAGUGCUUCAGCAGACCUCCAGGAGCAAUCUGAUGUGGAACAGUCAUCCCGGUGGACUUUUUACACUGCCCCAUUACUCAUCCUACCUGGGAGACUUCCCUUUCUUCUACGCUGAACUUGGGAUCAAGCCGAAUCCUAAGUUCACUGCUGUUAUCCAUGCAGUCACACCCCUGGUGUCUCAGUCUCAGCCUAUUCUCAAGCUCCUCGUCUCAGUGGCAAGGUCCCAGUACUGUGCUCAGAUUAUUGUAUUGUGGAAUUGUGACAAGCCUUUACCUGCCAAGCAUCGAUGGCCGGCCACCUCCGUGCCAAUUAUUGUAAUUGAAGGAGAGAACAAGGUCAUGAGCAGUCGGUUUCAGCCCUAUGACAGUAUCAUCAGCGAUGCAGUGUUAAGUCUGGAUGAGGACACUGUGUUGUCAACCACUGAGGUGGACUUUGCCUUCACAGUGUGGCAGAGUUUUCCUGAGAGAAUUGUGGGAUAUCCUGCCCGCAGUCAUUUCUGGGACAAUAAUAAGGAGCGCUGGGGUUACACCUCCAAAUGGACCAAUGACUAUUCCAUGGUUCUCACCGGAGCUGCCAUUUACCACAGAUAUUACCACUUCCUGUAUUCCCACUUCCUGCCAAGUAGCCUGAAGAGCAUGGUGGACCAGCUGGCCAACUGUGAGGACAUCCUCAUGAACUUCCUAGUGUCUGCUGUCACCAAGCUGCCGCCCAUCAAGGUCACACAAAAAAAGCAGUACAAGGAGACCAUGAUGGGUCAGUCAUCUCGAGCCUCGCGUUGGGCGGACCCGGACCACUUCGCCCAGCGUCAGACCUGCAUGAACAAGUUCGCCAGCUGGUUUGGUGGCAUGCCACUGGUCCACUCCCAAAUGAGACUGGACCCUGUUCUGUUUAAGGACCAGGUCUCCAUCCUCCGUAAGAAAUACAGGGAGAUCGAGCGGCUCUGACCAGACUGGCGCCCCUUGACGGACAUUCAACAGGGGGCCGCAGUAGACUCACCAGAGCAGAGGAGGACCAUAGUGGGUUCAGUUUUCCCUUCAGCACACAAGCAAAGGACAAAGACAGCAGGAUGUGAUGGCCUCUGUGGACCUUCAGACACACGUGACACACUUUUAACUCUUCGGAAGAUUUAGUUUUGUUUCAAGGUUGGUAACAAAUGCCACAGAAAAACUCAUCUUUCCCAGCACAUGAGCGAGCUGUUGGACGACAGGAGGGACGCGUCAUCGUGUUAGCACUUCUUCAUCCCGCCACAUCUAGAUCCAUCCAUCCAUCCUCCUGCCUCGGAUGUCAGCAUCACUUUUUCUGAAUCAGUUCUUUCUAAGGUCUUGAGCCAUGAUUGUGUACAAUUGAGCCCAUGGUUUAAUUUCCAAGUUUGAGGUGUUAAGGUUUUUUUUCCUUUUCAAAAGGCUUCAUAAUCAUUUUGUUUCAGUGGAAGUGAUUCAAGGCUAUAAUGUAAACAGUGCAGGUGAAAAGAUGCAGAAAUAUUGCAGCGUGCAAAAAAGGGCCAUAACAUUACAUUUGAAACGGUGGUCCCUCUUAUUAGUGGUAUAAAAACCAUUUAAAAACCCUGCAGUAUUUUAUUUCUUAUUUUCAAAAAUGGUGCCAAGACUAAUGAGUUGCCUUACGUAGCUUGUCAAACCCUCCCUACCUAAUUAAUUCAUGCAAAUCCACCUUAAAGUGUAAAAAAAAAAUUCAUUAGAAAUCCCUAAAUCCUCAUGUUAUCAAACAGCCCGACUUGGAGAAAAAAAAAACGUUUGUCAUAGGCAAGAGAAGAAUUAGCAUGGAAACAAAGGCAGAGCUUACAGUGCAGUAACACCAUCUGUUUAGGUGAGAAAGCUUUCGUAGACAUCAGCGCAUGACAGGUUGCAUCGUAAGGACUUAUGGCUGUAAUUUAAGUGAGACGUCUCUCACCUCCUCUAUCUUCCCUGUCCCUGUGAAAAAUGAGCUGUCCGUCAAAGUUCAAUGAACACUGCCUCAAUUCUCCCCUUCGGCCUCCUAUUUUAAAUGCGACUCCUUCGCAUAUAAAACUCACUCAGCCACAAAUGGACACCUGGCAAAUUUAUGUACCCUAGAAAGUGGCAAGUAUGCUUCUAUUACAUCAAAAUGAACAUCCAUUCUUGUUGAUUUCAUAUCAAGGGAACGGCUCUCAAGACUUUGGGCCCCUGCAGUGUUUCACUGUUUUCCAGAAUUGGAGUGGAGCAUGUUGUUAGCCUCUGCUCACAGGUACUUGAAUGUCUGAUGACUUGAAGGAGUGCCGUGCUUUAGUGGCCUUUUGUGAAGGUGACUGGACUUAAAAUGUGCCAGCUGUGAGCCAAAGCCUUUUUUUUUUUUUCAUGUUUUCUUCACAUAAUGCAUCAGAAUUCGGUAGAUGCGGUGACAUUUACAUUUAUGAAUUUAGCAGAAAUUUAAAUGCAUACCUGACACUGAAUGUUUUUUAGGAACCCAAGUUGCAGACUACAAUUGUAUUUUAAUAAGCUAUUUGACAUUGAAUCAUGAGUUAAAGGCCUGAGAAAUUAGCAGUAAUGCUACUGUGAUUCAUCUGACGUUACCCGAAUGAACUGAAAAUCUUUAUAAUGGCCUGAAUAAAAUUGUAAAAUGUCCAUCUCGACAUUUAACGUUAAGGUGCUUGCUUGAAUCUUGUUAUACAAGUGUGAAUUAAUUUCAAGUCCCUGAAAGCUUCUACUAUAAUUGCCCUCUUAACAGUUGCAUAAAAUGAUCAUUAGUAAUUAUGUCUUUGUCAUCCUUUUCUGUCUUUUUUAACAAACGGCACACAUCUGGUUAAGUUUCAAGUUCAGCAAAUCAUCUAAUUUAAAAAAAUUUUCCAUAGCAUUUAUACCUGUGGUUGUCAUUGCUGUCAUAUCACACAUUUAACGUCUGGCCUCGCACAAUGUCAUCGGCCAAUUAUGUACACUUCAAAAUAUAAUGUACAUAAUCCUUGUUCAUACAGCUUGAGCUACACAAUUAUAUAUAGGAUGAUGCAUCCAAGAUGAUUUUGAUGGGUAGAUGUGUGCAUCAGAUAUCUGUUUUGAUUAAUAUGUGCAUCACAUUCCGUCAUGAUGCCCUUGCCAACACUGUCAUCAGGGCUCGUGAUAUGCCCAGCAUCGUCCAGAUCUGCCCAAGGCCCUCGUCAGUGCAGACGACGCACUGAUAGGUGUUUGCAUCGAUGCCAGUGUUAUUUUAAUUAUCCAGCUUAACGUGACAAAGCCAUUCAUUUGAAAUUGGCCUGUUGAAUGCUGCUGCUAUCACUACACACACUUGCAAGAUCACCAAAGAAUCUUGGCAAACAUAAACUCAUGCAAUUGUAAUAUGUUAUCGUUAGCAAACUGAUUCUUUCAUUGUUUCUGUACUUUUUAAUUCUGUCGAGAUCAUCCUGUCUCAAGGCUAACUGGUAAAAUUAGCAUCUGAUUUAUCUUACAUUAUGUUCUGUGAUUAGCAAUAAGCAAUAUGAAGUCAUGCUCAGAAACAUCACUGAUCUCUCCCUGAUUGUGCCUUUUGAUUCAACUGAGUUGAGUUUGUGACCCCCGCUGUCACUUAGGACAGAAGCGGCAAAAUCUUUCAAAUAAAGUUGCAUCAUCUGCAGACACUAAAGUUUCACAGCAUCUGUUAAACACUCAACUGUAUUUCUCACGUUAGGCUGUUAACCAGACUUGCAUGACCACUUUAGACUAUUUAUGAGUAAAUGCCAAUCUCUUUUGGGUUAUUUUUGUUCAAAGCUGUUUUGUUUUGCUCCCUCCUGUCCUGACUCUUCAUCCCAGUAAUUAACAGAUGACUUUUUAUAGAGGAAAUAAAGAAAUUGCAAAAUGCCAAUUUUGUAUGAAUGAUUUAUAAUAAAAAUGAAUAAAGUCAUAUUUGAUGCUAUAA